GAGCUGGGGGAGGCGGGAGUGUUUCCGGGCGGCGCGGGAGGCCGGAGGCCAGAGGGCCGGCCCUACCGCCGCCGACAUGGAGAACCUGUAUCGGGUCCCGUUCUUAGUGCUCGAGUGCCCCAACUUGAAGCUGAAGAAGCCGCCUUGGGUGCACAUGCCGUCGGCCAUGACGGUGUACGCCUUGGUGGUGGUGUCUUACUUCCUCAUCACCGGAGGAAUAAUCUAUGAUGUUAUCGUUGAACCUCCAAGUGUUGGCUCAAUGACGGAUGAACAUGGGCAUCAGAGACCAGUAGCUUUCUUGGCUUACAGAGUUAAUGGACAGUAUAUUAUGGAAGGACUUGCAUCUAGCUUUUUGUUUACAAUGGGAGGCUUAGGUUUCAUAAUCCUGGACCGAUCCAAUGCACCAAAUAUUCCAAAACUCAAUAGGUUUCUUCUUCUUUUCAUUGGCUUCGUCUGUGUCCUACUGAGUUUCUUCAUGGCUAGAGUAUUCAUGAGAAUGAAAUUGCCGGGCUACCUGAUGGGCUAGUGCGUCUUGAGGAGAAAUCAGUGGAUCCCGAUCUGCUCCCAUUAAUAAAGCUUUGAAGGCUGAACCACUCCCAUGUGCAAUGUGGAAACGAAUGAAAAGCAGCAUAAAAGCAGCAUUGAGUGACACCCUAGCAAGCAUAUGAAAGCUAGGACUGGAAUUCAUGGUAUCAGAGACAUGUUCAUUACAGUAUUUUUCCUGAUGAUCUAGUCCAGUUUACCAGCUAUGUCAAAUGGCAUUUUCUUCUUAGUUUUUUAUUUCUUAACGAAAACAUACUCCACUUCUAAAACUUUGGUAUUGAAUAAAGUGAUUAUUUUUUACAGUCCCCUCAUCAUUUUUUGGACAUGAUAUUUCUGAUUUUCAGAAGUUAAUGCAAAUCGGGAAGUAUAUUUUGAGAGCUGAGACAUUUGGACGACUGGCCAGUCCCUGCCGCGGUGCUUUGUCUUUAAGUGGUGUGUGUGGGACUCUGCAACUUCAGACACAUAUAGGAGACCGUUUCCUAUACAACGUGAUGUAUGAAAGGAGCAGAAAUAAAUGAUUUUUCUAAGUAA